AUGGAUUUUUAUUCAAACCUACCGGCUGCUGCUGCCGGUGUGGAACCGUCGAUAUAUCCCACGUUAUUCGAGAUUUUAUCAUCCAAUGAAAUUGAUGAAUUAUUGACUCCCUCUGUGCGUUAUAUUGUCGCCAACUUUGUGGCUAGGAACCCAAAUCGCUAUAGCAUUAAACUAACAAACUGGUUCGACGAAUGGUUCACACUCUUAACCAAGUUUGUAAUUGAGCAACAUCAUUUGAAACAUUGGAAUUCAACCUUUAUCGAAAAGUUUUACGGAUUGAGGAGAAUAAAUGCUAAGAACAAAUUACUCCUCAACGUUUUAAAGAAAUCACCAUCAGUUGAUUUAACACUACCGCUUACAAAAGUUCAAUCUAGUAUUGUACUAUUUGAGAAAGUUAUUGUGCCAUAUAUUGCGAUAAAGCUGGAUUUUUUGCAUAAUAAUUUACUCGCAACAACUCUUUUUCAAACAGAAGAUUCAAAUACAAUAGAGAAUACAUCUAUUAAGGAUCGCAUUGUUGCUUUACUGCGACGUUUGUUCAUAAAGUAUUACCCAACAUGGAAGAAACUGGUAUUUGCACUAAACCUUGUAAUUAGAAUAUCGUUUCUAUCAGGAAAAAUCGGGUCCACCUCAUUUCUGGACUAUUUAUUUGGCAUAGAAUUCACUCGUCUAACUGAACAUGACUACAAACGAAAUGCUACCGUGCCCAUUUCCUCUACAAAAUCUUUUAACAGACCACAAAGGACCAACGGACCGAUGAUUCGACACUUUUUAGGAAGAAGUUUUUCCAUCGCUUCGCAACUUGUACAGUAUUCUGGUUCACAGCUUUUUCCGGCCUUCAUAUUCGUCUUAAGAGUAUUUCAAUGGUGGACGGCACAGGAUCUCUCUACUAAGCUUCAAAGGAAACUAGAUGAUAUUGACAAAGAUAUCCCACCUCCACCAUUACCUUAUGAAAGUAAAGAGGGAAAUUGUGGAAUUUGUCAUGACGCUAUUCAAAACCCUGCUGCAAUAGAAACUGGUUAUGUUUUUUGCUAUCCUUGCAUUUUGAAAUUCUUGCCCGAAAAUGAGGGCAAAUGUCCCAUUACUAAGUGCAAACUAUUAGGAUGUCAGUUUGACCAAGACACUGGACAAUGGUCCAUCACAGGUGUGAGGAAAUUGCUUCUUUGA